AAAAUCAGCAAAGUUUAGCCAAUCCCUGAGACUUUUUCCAGCAUAAGUCCACCUUCCUCACUGUUGCCAUUAUAAAGCCUUCAUUGUGCUGAGAGCCUUUCCUUAGUGAAUGGAACCUGCAUAUACACAGCAUAUUCUUCCAGCCUAAGUGAUCAGAAUGGCAGCUCUGGGGUUAGAGAUACUAGGCGUCACCCUAGCUGUGUUAGGUUGGAUUGUGGGUAUUGUGUCUUGCGCUUUACCCAUGUGGAGUGUCACGGCUUUCAUCGGGGUGAACAUUGUAACAGCGCAGACCAUAUGGGAGGGAAUCUGGAUGAGCUGUGUGGUGCAAAGCACUGGCCAGAUGCAGUGUAAAGUCUACGACUCCAUGCUGGCUCUCAGCUCAGACCUGCAGGCUGCCCGGGCAUUGUGUGUGAUUGCCAUUGUGAUGGGAGUACUGGCACUCCUGCUCUCUAUUUUGGGGGCCAAGUGCACUAAAUGCCUAGAAGAGGAGCGUGCCAAAGCCAGAGUUAUGAUCUCUGCUGGAGUCACCUUCAUCUGCGCUGCGGUCAUGCACUUGAUCCCUGUGUGUUGGUCUGCUCACAGUAUCAUCAGAGCCUUCUACAACCCCAUUAUCAUUGAGGCACAAAAAAGGGAGAUAGAAGUCAUGUCUUUAGGGCUGGAGCUCAUAGGUAUUGUGUCAUGUGUGCUGGGCUGGCUCUUGGCCAUCGUGGCUUGUGCUCUUCCCAUGUGGAGGGUCACAGCCUUCAUCGGCUCCAACAUCGUGACGGCUCAGAUCAUCUGGGAUGGUCUGUGGAUGUCCUGUGUGGUUCAGAGUACCGGACAGAUGCAGUGUAAAGUCUAUGACUCCAUGCUGGCCCUCUCUCAGGACCUCCAGGCAGCUCGAGCCCUGACUGUGAUAUCCAUCCUUCUGACCGUCCUGGCUGUAUUGGUGUCAAUCGGAGGAGCCAAGUGCACUAACUGCAUUGAGGAUGAGUCGUCCAAAGCUAAAGUUAUGAUCUUUGGAGGGGUGCUCUUCAUUGUGGCUGGGCUUAUGCAGCUAAUUCCUGUCUCCUGGUCUGCCAACAGUAUCAUCAGGGACUUCUACAACCCUUUGCUGCCAGAUGCCCAGAGACGGGAGCUGGGAGCGGCGCUUUACAUCGGCUGGGCAGCAGCUGCACUCUUGAUUAUGGGGGGCUCCUUGCUCUGUUGCUCCUGUCCACCACAGGAGAAAAAAUAUAGCCAGUCUAGAAUGCCGUAUCCUGCGUCUCGCUCAACAGGUGGGGGAGGGUAUGACAGAAGAGACUAUGUGUGAAAUAAACAAAGGAGAACUCCGAAUUCAGUGUUGCAGAGGUCAAUAUAUGGACAUCAUUUUCUGGAAAAAAGUGGAAAUAUGCAACACAUACUCCAUCAUGGAGGAACGUGUCCGAUGAAGUUGUUUGAUGUUUUUGGUCUCUAUAUCAGUGCAGUGUUGGCUGUUCAGAAAAUAAAAAGUCACGCACUGACCAUGUGAAAAUGACCUUUCGUAAUUGCUAUGGAAAUGUUAACUAGAACUGUUACUCAACUGCCUGAGGUGUAAAAAGCUGACGUUAUAUUUAUUGGCCAUUUCUUUUUUAGUUUUUUAGGACUAGUUGCACUAAGAUUUUUGGCACAGACAAGUUGACUGUGUGUUUACUAUGUUGGAGAAUUUAAAAUUGUCAUUGUCCUGUUUCCUCAACUAGACACAGGUAAAUUUCCAAUGUAUUCACUUUAUAUGAUUCGAAUUGUAAUGUGCAUUUCUUUGUUAUUUAUACAAUAUUUUUCAUCUAGCUGUAGAAAUGAAAUUUGAGAAGGACAUACAUUAUUCACAUGCAUUAUUGUUUCAUAAACACUUGCUGCCACUUAAAAUUGUAUUCUAAUAAUUAAAACAACUAAACUGAACUAAAAACUGUCCCUUGGAUCAUUUAAGAGGGCUAUUGUGUUCCAAAAUUGUGGGAGGGGUGUAACGGGUGGAAGUUUGACUACUUUAUAGUGAGAAUUGAGGCAGAAAGGACAACUGAGGAUCUGAGCAGAGUCAACUACCAUCCGUAGUUUGUAAUCUGUGUAGGCCAUUGCUGAUCAAUAACAUAUUGUACGUUUCUGUUCCAGUACAACAAUAAAUGAAUACAUCAACCCA